AUGGGUGGCAGUAGCAGUACACCAAAAAUAGAACCAUUACUUGAACAUCAUCAGCCUUAUCCGGAUAUGAAUGUCAUAUUCAAAGGCAUACCGAAAAUGAUACAGGUAGCUGAUGAUAUGCAUCGAAUGACUAAUUAUAUAAUGGAUCUAAGGAAUAUGACAUUCGCACUGAUUUGCAUAUCGGCUAUCGGCUUAUUCGUAUUUUUAAUAUUGAAAGUAAAACAAAGUCGCAAUAAUAAUGCUCGUCGAAAGCUUGAAAUUGGUCGACGAAUUGAGAGCUUGGAUGAGCGAUCUUUUCCACGACAUACUCAUUAUGGUACUUAUCAGCAGAAUUAUGGUGAUUGGCAUGAUCGUGGAAAACCUACAGUUUCUGUGGAUAUUGAAAAAUUGCAAAUGAAUAACGGUAAUAAUAAUGAAAAAGAGGCGUCGAAUCCGACGAAUUCAAAAAAUCUCCCAAAUGGUCAACCACAUAAAGUGUGA